UGUUUCUGAUCGUUGACAAGUAAACAACAAUUUAAUAAAAAAAAUGGCUCGUACAAAGCAAACUGCACGUAAAUCGACCGGUGGCAAAGCACCACGUAAACAAUUGGCCACCAAGGCUGCACGUAAAAGUGCACCAGCAACUGGUGGAGUUAAGAAGCCACAUCGUUAUCGUCCUGGUACCGUUGCAUUGCGAGAAAUUCGUCGCUACCAAAAGAGCACCGAAUUGUUGAUUCGUAAAUUGCCUUUCCAACGGCUCGUUCGUGAAAUCGCUCAAGAUUUCAAGACCGAUUUACGUUUCCAAAGUUCGGCUGUUAUGGCUCUACAGGAGGCCAGCGAAGCUUAUUUGGUCGGUCUGUUCGAAGACACCAAUUUGUGCGCAAUCCAUGCCAAGCGAGUUACCAUCAUGCCAAAGGAUAUCCAAUUGGCCAGACGUAUUCGUGGUGAACGUGCUUCUGCCUUCUUUGGUGCUGCUUUCUUGGCUGGAGCUGCCUUCUUGGGUUUUGGUGUUUUUGGCUUUUUAGCGGCAGCUUUCGGUUUCGUUGACUUUUCUUUUGGGGCUUUUGGUGCCUUCACGGAGCCAGCCUUCUUUGCUGCUUUAGCUGGUGCUGCAGCUUUCUUCUUCUUUUCAGCACUUUUGGCUGCAGGCUUCUUCUUAGCUGGAGAUGCAGCUUUCUUGGCUUUCGGUUUCUUUUCACCGGUUGCUGCUUUAGCUUUCUUGGGCUUGGCAGCGGCUUUCUUCGGUGCCGAUUCGGACUUUGCUUUUGCAACAGUAGCAGAAAGUGGAAAAGUUAAGGGAAAGGCAAAGUCUCGUUCGAACCGUGCCGGAUUACAGUUUCCAGUCGGUCGUAUUCAUCGAUUAUUACGCAAAGGCAACUAUGCCGAACGUGUCGGUGCUGGUGCUCCAGUUUAUUUGGCAGCUGUGAUGGAAUAUUUGGCUGCUGAAGUAUUGGAAUUGGCUGGUAACGCAGCUCGUGACAACAAAAAGACCAGAAUCAUUCCACGUCAUUUACAGUUGGCCAUCCGCAACGACGAAGAAUUGAACAAGUUGUUGUCGGGCGUAACCAUUGCCCAAGGUGGUGUUCUGCCCAACAUUCAGAUGGCCCGUACAAAGCAAACUGCACGUAAAUCGACCGGUGGCAAAGCACCACGUAAACAAUUGGCCACCAAGGCUGCACGUAAAAGUGCACCAGCAACUGGUGGAGUUAAGAAGCCACAUCGUUAUCGUCCUGGUACCGUUGCAUUGCGAGAAAUUCGUCGCUACCAAAAGAGCACCGAAUUGUUGAUUCGUAAAUUGCCUUUCCAACGGCUCGUUCGUGAAAUCGCUCAAGAUUUCAAGACCGAUUUACGUUUCCAAAGUUCGGCUGUUAUGGCUCUACAGGAGGCCAGCGAAGCUUAUUUGGUCGGUCUGUUCGAAGACACCAAUUUGUGCGCAAUCCAUGCCAAGCGAGUUACCAUCAUGCCAAAGGAUAUCCAAUUGGCCAGACGUAUUCGUGGUGAACGUGCUUAAGAUGUAAAGUCACGACGACAUCAUCCUACAAUCAAAAUCGGUCCUUUUCAGGACCAACAAA